CUUCCCCGCCUUUCAUGGCAUGAAUCCAUGAAUCACCAUUCCAAAGUUUCUUGAUAUACGCAACGGUAGUCUUAUUGUCAUUUCACUUCAUUCAAAAUGGCAACUCAAGCAGGUAUCAUUAUCGAAGGGGUCAAUCAACCUCACAAAGUCGUCGACAACAUCCCCCGCCCGUCCCCCGAAGGCAGGCAGGUUCUUGUGAAAUGCCUCGCCGUAGGUCUCAAUCCCAUUGAAGCUCUCCAGCAUCACACUGGGAUGAUGGUAAACGAGUGGCCCGCAAUCCUAGGCAGUGAUGGCGCUGGUGUUGUCAUUGAAGUUGGACCCGACGUUGCCAGGCUGAAGGUCGGCGACUACGUCUACAGCUGUGCCCCAGUCGGCCAGAAUCGAUUCACGCCAUUUCAAGAUGCUUACCUGGCUCGGGAAGAUUUGCUGUUCAAAAGGGGCAACAACAUCUCCCUUGAAGAUAGCUGCACCAUUGGAACAUGUCUUCUGACUUCAAGCCUGUGUCUCCUUGGUGGGGCAGGGCUCGAGCUUCCUGACGAUGUGAACAAAUCCCAGGAAAAAGAUGAAUGGAUCGUCGUUUUGGGCGGCAGUGGUAACGUUGGGCAAUUUGCAAUACAGCUGGGUAAAGUCUGCGGAUACAAGGUCCUGGCAUCUUGCUCUCCGUCUAAGCAAUCUGUUGCUGUCAGAAACGGAGCUUCAGCGACCUUUGACAGUCGUGAGACGAUUGACGCGCAAGUCACGGAAAUCAAGAAGAUUACCGACGGAAGCUUUGGCAAAAUGAUGGAUGCGAGCACUUAUGGUUACAAACUCAUGGUGAAAGCUCUCGAAACCGCUUCUAAUGCGAAAGAGAAAUACCUUGCGUCGGUUGACUCUUGGUCCCCAUUCUCAACACCAUCUUCUAUCAACGAGUACAGAGCAGACCUUGGCCAUCUCUGCCGUCCCAACGAGAGGGAUGGAGCACAGAUUACAUCCAAUAUCGCCAACUGGAUUCCGUUGCUUGAAAAGCAUAUUGCUGCUGGGACUCUGAAGCCACUCGAGCAUCAUGUUGCUGAUGGGGUCGGAUGGGAGAAGGUCAUCCAGGGCAUUCAAGACAUGGAAGGAGGAAAAAUUGGGAAGAAAAUUGUUGUGAGAACCCAGGAAGAGUGAAGAAGGUUUUGUUAUUUUUUCCACGUUGUAUUUCGUGAUUGCUGAUCUGCGCUGUUUGGAACAAAUAUGGAAUGGUUUGUUGCAUAAGAAGCCAAUCACGAGACCUGGGC